UGGCCAUAUAUGAAAUCGUAUGGUUCAUGUCCGAAAUCAUCUGAGAAGUGAAGAUGGCUGUGGAGCCCGUGAGUUGUGUGCACCAAAUCCAUUGAUUAAAUAAGGCCGAGAUAAAAUGUAUCGCCUUAUUGUUUGCCACACAAUUUUUCGAAUAGAGAAAACAGGCCACGUAUAAAGCUGUCGAACAGCAAGCGAUGGAAAGAUGGUGAGGGAGCACAUUUGCCACUGGUAUGGGUUCUCAAACGCUGGAAAUUUUGAGACAAGGCGUCUGGGCUAGCCUGACAGGAGGCUGGUUUUACGAUCCCCAUCUCGACGUUUUUUCAAACACCUUUCAUCUUUAUGUUUGGCUUUUCUUGCUCUGCUUGCCGUUCACCAUAUACCUUUACUUUCCACCGACGUUGUGCGUUUGGGUGACAUAUUGUUCUUCGAUUGGAGCACUUUUUGGCACAAUAAAAUGUGUCAAUCACGCGCUUCAUUGUGUAUAUGAUACAACAGAGUGCUUGGAGGAAUCGGGUCAAACUGUCAGUCAACAAAGGUUGGAAAGUGAAAAGAGGCGCACAGCGCAUAACAAAGGCAGGGAACAAUCGCAAGAUCAAGUAGACCAUGGAAUAGAGUUACAAGUUUUAAAUGGAAAAACAGAUACACCACCUGUAGAAUGCUCAUCACGUAACUCUUUUAUUGAAUCAAAUGUGCAGAAUGCAGAUGCGGAUAGUAUAACAUCUGAAUACAAUCGAGACAAACCUAGUUCAACUAUUGAUUUGAAAGUAGAAAUUCACAGAAAAAAUAGCUCGGAAAGUUCAGAGGAAGCACAACAGCUCACUAAACCGAUGGUACCUAGCAUUAAUGUACAUGAAACAGAAUUAGCUUCUGCACAGUACCAUGAACCACGUUUUCGAAAUAUAGUCAAUGAGAGAAGAUUGAAACUUCAGAAAUGUGUCGUAAUAGCUGAAGAAGACAGACAAGGAUCAAGAAAGUUAUGCAGACACGCGUCCGAAGAAUCACGAAAUCGUCAUUCCAAACAGGGUAGUCUUGGUAAAACAGGUUCUGAAAGUCAGAUAAAACAAACAAGUUCUUUAGAAUUGGAACAUCAUGGAGAUGAUUAUCCUUAUUGGAAGUCGAAUCAAAGCGUACGACGUCUCAAUUCCAAUUCGAUUCCAAUGGAAACUCAUUUAAUAAACGACCAUCCUCAAAGUUUAGAAAUUAUAUCGAAAAAGGAAGAUGCUGAUAAAAAUAAAAUUUCGUCCCAUCCACAGUCUUUAGAGGUUAUUACAAAAAAACCACAUCAACAACUUAUCCACCCGCAAAGUCUUGAAACAUUUGGUGCUACUAGUAAAAACAUAAACAUUACAGAUGACAAUAAUUUACCUCUUCACCCUCAAAGUCUUGAAACAAUCAAUACUAAAAAGGUAUUACCUCAAAAUACGUUAAAAAAAAACCAACUUCAGCUAUUACCAUAUCUUAGUUAUGGAUCAGAAAUAGUACAUCCUAUAGCAGAACAAAGCGACGAACAAUUUGCUAAUGAAAGUUCUGGAGGGUUUAGUCUUCAGGAUUCAUAUAGUCCAUUACUCACUCGCAAGACUUGCGAAACUAACGCUACAUCUAAUCGCGACAGAAGUCUUAGUACUAGCAGAUACGACGAUAGAUUUUCAAGAUUUAAUGGAGAUGGUGGUAUAGAUAAUGAUUCCGCCAACUCUCGUGAUGCACUAAUCGAAGAACCAAAGCCUGGUAUCAAAAGGAGAUACAGUAAUGCAAGCCAAAGCAGUCAUGAAUUCUCUGAAGGUGAUAAGCCCAAAGACAAGCAAGAUAAAUUAAAAAGUAUGGAUGACCCAUUAAAUGUUGGAAGUAUAGUUGGAAUAGAUCGAUUAUUUGAAAGCAGUGAUUGCGCACUGGAGUCACGAAAAAAUAAAAAUCUACAUAAUAAAGAACCAGAUUCUGGUUCAUCUAGUACAACGACCCUAAGUAUGGAAAAUGAGGUGAAAAGAAAGUUACUUCCGCAAUCAGACACGGAUAACAAACGACAUCAAGGUGCAAUACCUAAACAAAGCCGUCCAAAACUUGCAGUAGAUACCAUAGAUGAUAAUAUUACAACUACGGAACAAACCCGGCCAAAACUUAAACGAGCUCUAGGGGUCAGAAGAGACAAAGAUAGAGGAAGGGAUAGAAGAUUCGAUACAUUUGAUAGAUUUGAGCAAACUAGUGGUUCAAACAACGAGUUAAGUACGCUUAGUCUUGCGUCGUCCUUAUUAGCUACAUUGUUGACCUCUGGCCGAGAUUUACCUGGUCAAUCCAGUACUGUGUCUGAUUUAAGACUCAGUCACAAUUCUGAACAUCGUAAUUCACGAGCAAGACGAGGUACUUUGAAACGAUCGAUUAGAUUACAUCACGGGCCACGAGAUAGAAGUCGGGACGACAAUGUUGUACCGCUCACUGCUUUACUUGGAUUGAUAUCGAACGACGAGUGUCAUAUAGUUGCCAAUCACAACGACACGGUAGUACCUUUAGAAGCGGUACCUUCUUUCGGAGAUGAAAAUAGUCGCUGGUUGGCUUACACCUUUGACGAAAAGGGAUCUGGUGUUGCUGCUGCUGCUGCUGCUGCUGCACAAGUUCCUUCUAGCAAUAACAACAAACUAAUAAAUACAUUGUUACGUCAACAACUCAAUCAAAAUUUACAUUACGACGCGAAUUGGGAGCUUACAGAUUCUUUAAGCAACAGUUACAGUAGCCUGUCUUUGAACUCUGCCGGUUUAAGUGUUAUAAUAGACACGCCGCCUGUUUUAUCGAGCCCAGAAAGUAAUCAAACUAAAGCACAAAAUUCACUGUCGUCGAAUUUAGUUUCCUCGAAUACAGGAAGCACUAAUCAUUGUACAGUGGAAAUUUCAGAACGAGAUCAAUUUCAUCAGAAUACUGGGAAUCCGUAUCAAUCUACGAUAGAGACUUUAGAACGACAUCAGUUCCAUCAGGACAUAAUGCCACAUAUGGACUCUACAACAGAUAGAAAUGGAAGAUUACAAGGUUUAUUGGGAUACCUUAGUUUAAAUAUUUACUCAUCGGAUCUUCAUCGACGAAUGCCUCUUUUAACGUUACCACCGCACCAAGAAACAGAUAUAAAUAGAAGCUUAUCUUGGAAUCGAUUUAUCGAUAGCUUAGGCGGAUCCGAUUCUAAAUCUAAACAAGCAAGACAUUACUAUAAAUGGAAAAUUGGCAAAUUACCGCACAUUAAAGUGCGGUUCGAUCGUUUAUUUUUAUUGGCUUUACUGGAUCGAAAUUUGACGAUUUUCGAGACUAUCAUUUCGACGUUUUUGGCAGUUGCUGUUGCGGGAUUGGGUCUCGUACUACUUCAACAAGGAUUCUACCGUGAUAUAUUUGCCUUUAUAUUUUGUUUCGUAACCGCCGGAUGUCAGUAUUCGUUAUUAAAAUCCGUUCAGCCUGACGCUGCUUCUCCGACACAUGGGUUUAAUCGUAUUAUAGUAUUCUCGCGGCCUAUAUAUUAUAUAUUAUGUUCAGGAUUCAUACUAAUCUUUAACGAAUUUCUAAGAAACUUCAAAACGUCUGAAUUUCGAAUAUACGAUUUGCGAGUCGCCGAUUACGACGUUAUAUUACAAAUUCGUAAUAUUUUAUUAAUUUUCCUUUUGUGCUUUCCAAUCGUAUUUUCUUUAGGUUUAUUUCCUCAAAUUAAUACUUCUUUAAUGUAUUUUUGCGAGCAUGUGGAUAUUCAUUUGUUUGGCGGAAAUGCAACCACUAGUCUGAUCUCCUCGAUAUAUUGUCUUUGUCGAAGUAUCAUCACUGUUGUCAUACUAUACGGUUUUGCUUAUGGAGCAAUUACGGAACCCAAGUCUUCGCAACAUAUUUUGUUCUCUAUUUUCGCGGGUUUACUAGUGGCUAUAUCUUAUCAUUUAAGCCGAUCGUCUUCGGAUCCCACCGUGAUAUGGGAUAUUGUUAAAACGAACUUGUGGCCACCAGAAAUUUAUACAGAAGAGAAAGAAGCGAAGAUCAUCGAGAACACAUCGCGUGGUGAUAAUUUAUCAGCGACAUAUAAAGAAGCAAAAAUUAGAGCGUCAGGAAGGAAGAAACACGUAAACAUUAAAGUUGGCGAGCAAAUGUCGGACACAGAAUUAGUGGAUCCCUUACCUGAGAAAUUACGAGCAACCGUAAAUGCAAGAUUAAAGAACGAUUUGAUAGUAUGCGCAGUAAUAGGUAUAUUGUCAUUUGGAAUCCAUUGUUCAACUGUAUUUACAGCUUUGCAACCAGAACUAAACCCAGUUUUAUGGGGUAUCGUAAGCUGCCUUGGAUUUCUGUUACAUUACGUCGUACCGCAACUUCGAAAACAUUCACCAUGGUUGUGCUUGGCAAGACCAGUACUACGUAGUCACGAACACGGACAAUUCGAAGUUCGCGAACCAGUGAAAAUAAUGUGGUUCGAGAAAGCGUACGUUUGCCUUUCAUUCUUAGAAAGAAAUGUUCUUUAUCCAGUAGUGUUCCUGGGAGCGCUCACCGAAUGUUCAUCAAAAAUUGUAAACAAAUUUGGAGAAAGCAUCGGUGCGUUGAUCAUAGUUGUAUGCGGAUUGAAAUCCUUGAGGUCUGCAUAUUCUGAUCCAUCGACGCGCUACCUGGUUCUGAUCUUUGCCGUGCUGUUCUUCAAACUAGAUUUCCGUGAACUCAGUGAAACAUUUCUCGUUGAUUACUUUGUCACGGGAAUAGCAUUUGCAAAAAUUUAUGAAUUGUUAUUGAAAAUACGAUUUGUAGUUACGUAUAUCGCCCCAUGGCAAAUCACUUGGGGUAGCGCAUUUCAUGCGUUUGCGCAACCUUUCUCGGUACCGCAUUCUGCUAUGCUGUUCUUGCAAGCUGGCAUUUCUGCAAUUCUAAGCACUCCUUUAAACCCACUUUUGGGCAGCGCGAUUUUCAUCUCAUCUUACGUGCGUCCAGUGAAGUUUUGGGAACGAGACUACAAGACGAGAAGAGUGGAUCAUUCGAAUACGCGGAUGUCUUCGCAUUUAGACAGGAAUCUGGGUGCUGACGAUAACAAUCUGAACUCGAUCUUCUACGAACAGUUAACAAGAUCACUGCAACACAGUCUUUACGGAGACCUUGCCCUUGGUCGCUGGGGAAACGUGGAACAAGGCGACUGCUUCCUCUUGGCAUCUGAUUAUUUAAACUGUUUGGUCCACAUUGUUCAAUUGGGCAAUGGAUUGGUAACUUUUCAAUUGAGAGGUCUUGAAUUCAGAGGAACGUAUUGUCAGCAAAGAGAAGUAGAAGCGAUCUCUGAAGGAAUCGAAGACAAUGACAAUUGUUGUUGUUGCGAAAUGGGACAUUUCUCGAAUGCAUUAAGUGUAAACGCAGCUUUCAGUCAGCGUUGGUUAGCUUGGGAAGUUGUGAGAUCUAAAUACGUUCUGGAAGGAUACUCAAUUUCUGAUAAUUCAGCGGUUUCUAUGCUUCAAGUAUUCGAGUUUCGCAAAGUAUUGGUUACUUAUUACGUAAAAAGUAUUGUUUUUUAUGCUGUAAAAUCGUCAAAACUGAAAUAUUGGUUGGGGAAUUCCGAUAUUUCGGACGCGCUUAAAAUAUCCCUCGACAAGAACUUCGUUGACCUCGAUCCUGUUUUCAAUAUGAAUAUCGACGAGGAUUUCGACUUUCGUGCUAGUGGAAUUACACGAAGUAGUUUUUGCAAUGUUUAUUUGGACUGGAUACAAUAUUGCGUUACUAAACAUGAUAAGACACUAGAUAGAACAAGGGAUUCACCGCUAGUAUCCCUGUGUUUUGCAUUAAGUCUUCUGGGGAGACGUGUUUUGGGAGCAGCGUCUCAUAAUACUGUAUCCAGCGUUGAAUUCUUUCUGUACGGAUUGCAUGCUCUUUUUAAAGGAGAUUUCCGCAUAACAUCGAUUCGAGAUGAAUGGGUAUUACUCGAUGUCGACUUAUUACGAAGCGUUGUGGCAAAAGGUGUGAGAAUGGCAUUGAAACUACAUCAAGAUCAUUUCAUGAGUCCAGAGCAGUAUGUCGAAUCGUCAGCCCUCUAUGAAGCUAUAGAUAGUCACGAUAAAAAUCUUGUGAUUAGCCACGAAGCAGAUCCACUGUGGAGAAAUGCCGUUUUAAACGGCGCACCCAGUCUUUUGGCUCUUAGACACGUUCUCGAUGAUGGCAUUGACGAAUACAAAGUAAUCAUGCUUAACAAACGUUUCUUGAGCUUUCGAGUAAUUAAAAUGAAUCGUGAAUGCGUUCGUGGUCUCUGGGCCGGGCAACAACAAGAAUUAGUAUAUUUGAGAAAUAGAAAUCCAGAACGAGGUUCUAUACAAAAUGCGAAACAGGCCCUCAGAAAUAUAAUAAACAGUUCUUGCGAUCAGCCGAUCGGGUAUCCGAUUUAUGUCUCGCCAUUAACGACUAGUUACGCAGAAACGAAUGAACAAUUAUGUUCUAUAGUUGGAGGACCUUUGAGUCUUAGCGUAAUUAAGCGCAGUGUGUUAAAAUUGUGGCAAAGAAUCAGAAGAAGAUGCGGUCAAGGUUGUUCGUCGGGUGGAACUGGAUCGCAAGAUGACGGAGGUUUCGGAAAUGACGGAGUAUACGCAAUGACUACUUAUAAUAUUCAUUCAGGUUAUACUCAAUCGGGUCACAAUACAUCUGGCUCGCAAUCUAUAGAUUCUGGAUGUCAAAUUGGUGGAUCAACUGGGCGUGGUUCGUUGGGAAGAGCGAAUACGGGAUCUCUUGGUGGAAAUAGAGGAUCGUUGGCUUCGGUUGGAAAACCUACGAGCUCGACGCUCGCCAGUUUAGCUGGUCUUCUUAGUAAUAGUGAUAUUAAAACUGAGACUAAAAGCGAAACAAGUUUCUCUGGUAAACUUGAGAGAGACGAAGGUUUCCCAAAAGUUCGUAUCAUAGAUCCUAAUCAAGUGUACGACGCUAUUAAUUUGGGUCGUCGGAUAGAUGUAAUUUGGCCUGACGAAAGAAUGAGACAGCAAGGUGGUAGAUCUGGAUGGCAACAUUGGGUCCCCGAAAGAGGUAUGGAAGGAUGCGUUAUUCAUUAUUGGUCCCCGAAUCAUCGUGAUCCUAAUCGACGAUCUCACGUGGAUAAAGUUAUUUUGCUUGUGAAAAUUGAUGAUAAAUACGUUCCAAUAGCGGAACAAGGUGUACGAGACUUAGGGGCAGAAGUGUGAUGAAAUAUUUUUGAACCUUCCAUAGUAAUACACACUCUGAGAAUUUUCGUACAGUCAUUUCUCGAAUCACGCACCGCGCAUAUUAAUAUAAAUGCAUUAAAAAUGAAGAUUUCAUUCCAACUAUAGAAUGAUAAAUACAAUUUUUUGAUGGGAGAUUAUUCUUGAAAUUGUAAAUAACGAAAAUCGACGAAUUUUAAAAACUAGUUUGUUAAUUUCAUUAUAAAAUAUAGCCGCAAAAUACUCUUCUCUAUGCAGUUUUUCGAAGAUUUUCAUUCGCUCAAUAUUAUUUCUUUUUUUUUCUUUUUCUUUUUUGCUUCUGUAUUCUUGGUUCAUUGCAAUAAUUAUCCAGUAAGCGCAAUUUUCUGGAGACAUUUAAAAAAAAAACAA